AUGGCCACCGAAAGAAGAUGCCACAUUAGCCCCGAGUUGCCGGCGGGACUGUGCCUGGAGUUCUCCUAUCACCCUGAGAGCAUGAGGCAGUUGGUCAACCUGGUGGUUGCCAUGGAGAGGUUAAAGGGCAGCCGCAUCGAGACGGCCCUCGAGACCAAAAUCGCCGCUGAGGGUUUCCUCAACAUCAUGAUAGACGAUCUUGUGGAAGUGAUCCACGUCGAGCAAGCUGCGCCAAAUCAAUUCACAAGGACGGGAGAGUAUCAGUGCAGUGUGAGUGACAGCCAGAAAAAAAGUUUGGUGCUUCUCGCCGACAGCAUGGAGCUGCGCGCCGUCACGCUGCAGGGAGGAAACAGUCACCGCAAAGUGAACCUGAACAUGUCCACCUACGUGCAGCCGUUCCCCGAUACGGAGGCCCAGCCGGUUGCCCUGGGCAUCAAGGGCACCAACCUGUACCUGUCGUGCCACCAGGAGGGAGACAGUCCCACGUUGCUCUUGGAGCAGGUCCAGGACAGGCAGAGUCUGACGAUGGUGGCCGAGGACAGCGACAUGCUGCGCUUCCUCUUCUACAAGCGCGACUCAGGAGUCAGCCUAAGCACGCUUGCGUCGGUGCGAUACCCCAACUGGUUCAUUAGCACGGCCGAGGAGGACCACAUGCCGGUGGAAAUGUGCAAACGCGAUGCCCCAAGAAACCUCACCUUCCACAUCCAGAGGCAAAGUUAG